AUGAAAGCCUCUCUGUGGCCUUUGGCGCCAAGCGGCUGGUGGCCGUGCCUCUUCUUGCUCCUGCUCCCGGGCAGCUUGGCUCAAGUCUUCGGGCGACGUUACGAAGAGCGGGCUUGCCCCGACCGCUGCGACCACUCGCGGUGCCCCGAGGUGCCCGCCGAGUGCGCGGGAAGCGGGCAGACGCUCGACUCCUGCGGCUGCUGCCCUGUGUGUGCCGCGCAGGAGGGCGAGUCUUGCGGAGGGUCGCCGUACGGGGAGCCGUCGUGUGCCGAAGGGCUGUUCUGUGUGCUGUCGCCCGGAGGACCCGGAGUGGCGGCUUCGGCCACGGUGCGCCGGCGAGCCAAAGCCGGCCAUUGCGUGUGUGCCAGUACCGAGCCGGUGUGUGGCACCGAUGGAAGGAGCUACCGCAACCUGUGCCAGCUGCGGACCGCUAGCCGGCUUUCCGAAAGCCAGCAUCAGCCGCCCGUCAUCGCCAUCCAGCGGGGCGCCUGCGGUCAGGGUCAGGAAGAUCCCAACAGCUUGCGGUAUAAAUACAAUUUUAUCGCAGAUGUGGUGGAGAAGAUAGCACCAGCUGUGGUUCAUAUAGAAUUGUUUCGCAGGUUGCCUUUUACAAAGAGGGAAGUUCCUGCUGCCAGUGGCUCAGGAUUCAUUGUUUCUGAAGAUGGGCUAAUUGUUACAAAUGCUCAUGUGGUUACUAAUAAGAACAGAGUGAAAGUGGAGUUGAAGAAUGGUGUGACCUAUGACGCUAAAAUUAAAGAUAUCGAUGAGAAAGCAGAUAUUGCACUAAUAAAAAUUGAUACUCAGAGGAAGCUUCCAGUCCUCCUUCUUGGACGUUCAGCAGAGUUACGGCCUGGUGAAUUUGUGGUUGCAAUUGGAAGUCCAUUUUCUCUCCAAAAUACAGUGACUACUGGGAUUGUUAGCACUACCCAGCGAGGGGGGAAAGAGCUGGGACUUAGAAACUCUGAUAUGGACUACAUCCAAACAGAUGCCAUUAUCAAUUAUGGGAAUUCUGGAGGACCUUUGGUGAACCUGGAUGGGGAAGUGAUUGGUAUUAAUACUCUGAAGGUCACUGCUGGAAUCUCCUUUGCAAUACCAUCAGACAAAAUUAAAAAAUUCCUUACUGAAUCACAUGACCGGCAAUCCAAAGGAAAAGCUGUAACUAAGAAAAAAUACAUUGGCAUUCGAAUGAUGUCUCUCACUCAGGGUAAAGCUAAAGAACUUAGGGAACGCUAUGAAGAUUUCCCUGAUGUUAAUUCUGGAGCCUAUAUUAUUGAAGUAAUUCCAGACACACCAGCUGAGAUAGGAGGCCUGAAAGAAAAUGAUGUGAUUAUAAGCAUUAAUGGACAACCAAUAAUCUCUGCCAAUGAUGUCAGUGACAUUAUCAAAAAGGACAGUACACUCAGUAUGGUAGUACGCAGGGGGAAUGAGGACAUUAUUCUAGCAGUUAUUCCUGAUGAAAUUGACCAUUAAAUAGAGACAUGAGCUGGAUUUCAUGCUACAAGCAGGCACUGGACUGUUUAUAUUAUCUCUGUGCUGGUACAGAAAACAGUAGAUUUUGACCAACUAGCCAACUAUGUUUAGUGAUAUUGUAUUGCUGAAUAAAGUAAUUUUCCAAUAGAUAAAAUGUUGAAGAUGAUACUUCAGCUAUUUUUACAGUGUGCUCUGUAUUCUUUUGUGGAGUCCUUGGUGCUCUCUGAGCUAAAAUUCAGAAGAGACAAUAAAAAAGCUAGAAGAGACUAGAACACAUCUUCUCCAGCAGCUACACCCAGAUAAGCAGGGAUUAACAUCAGAAAACUAAUGAAGCAGAAAAUAAUAUCCUAACCAAGGAACUACUAAGGAGAAAACUUCCUCCGCUUACACAAGCUGUUGUAUAUAAACAAAGAGCAAAGUCCAGAGUCAGUGGCACUGAUGAUGUUAUCUAGUCAUGUAAGAAACAUCUGCAAACAAGCAUCCAAACUAGAGAUCACCAAGGACUACACAGUUCAACCUGAGCUCCAUAUGUUAUUUUUUAAUAUAUUUUUACUGGCUACUCCAGCUGUUACUACCACCUUAGUGUUCAUACGUUCUAAUCUACAAGUUAAACCACCUGUAAAACAUUACAUUGCAGUAUUCCAUUUUGAUUUUUCCUGAAGUUACGUUAACAAUAUGAAAAUAUUUGAAAUAAAUGACUUGUAUGCAUGCAAGUCCGGAACCUA